CUAUCUUUAUAUCUUUAUGUUAGAAUCAAUGUACUUUUAAGUCAAUAACCUAAGCAUUCUCCAAAUUCUAUCUUUUUAUCAUCUUCGACAGUAUUAAGAAAUUAUCGUCAAUGAUUCACAUAAAAAUUAAUGUUUGGAUAUGAUUGGAUCAAAGCGAUAUCUUUUGGUAUCUAUGGAAAAAUGCAUUCCACGCCGUUUUUACCGCAACAUUUCAAAUAUGCCGAUUGACGAUGAAAAAUCAAAAUGUGCAAAAGAUAAAGGAAAUGGUCAAAAAUCGAAAAAAGAAGCUAAUGUUAACAUCAAACCUCAAUUAAAAAAUUAUGAUUCCUUUUCACCAGAUCAUAAAGGUGACAUAAAAGUUUGCAUGAUUGGAGGCGGCGAGUCAUUGAUGUACGCUGCUGUUCUUCUAAAACAAUUUCGUCUUAUAAAACGAAUACAUGUGGUAGAUACAAAAGAUUCAUUGGCUAAUGCAAUUUUAGAUAUUAGUCAUAUUGACACAUCACCUCGUGUAAAAUAUUUUAAAAGAAAACAUUUAAAAGAAGCUCUUAAAGAAAUAGAUAUUAUCGCAUUGAUGGAUGAGACAAAUGCUAAUAUUGAUGUAAGUCCCGCAGCACAAUUUGAGGCUGCAUCAACAUACGUGAGCGAAAUGGCUGAGCAAAUGGUGCAAUUGAGUUCAGAAUCUUUGGUAGCUGUUUUUACUCGGCCAGUAACGGCUAUACUUCCCAUGGUGUCAGAAAUUUACAAACUUGCUGGAUGGUGGGAUCCAGACAGAAUUAUUGGUUCCACUGCACAUGAUCGUAUGCGAAUGGAGGCAUUAACCGCGAAUCUUCUGGAUUUAAAUCCUGCAUUCUUAUCAGUUCCAAUGGUUGGCGGGGCAGAUUCAAACACUAUUGUUCCCCUUUUGUCGUGUGCUUCUCCAAUCAAUCGAUUUAACAAUGCGCAACAAGAAAUGUUGUUACAAUCAUUACGUACUGCAGAUAAAGAAAUGGCAAAUAUUGAAUUUAAAGGUCCAGUGCUGUCUGAUGGAGCUGCAGCUGCCAAAUUAAUCCUUGCGCUUGUCGAAGGACUUAGCGGUUAUAAAAAUGUUAUUUCCUCUGCUUAUGUACGAUCAAAUAUUUUGCCGGGAUGUCGCUACUUCACCAGCCAAUUGCAAUUCGGCCCAGGCGGCAUACAAAAAAAUUUUGGACUACCAAAGAUGUCUGCUGCGGAAAUAGUACUUGUAGAACAGGCAAUCCCUUCUAUCAAUGAAUAUAUCGAAAUGGGAUCGAAAACAGUACAUAAUAAUAGACAUAUCACACUGAAAACUGUAUAAAUUCAUCUUUUUUUUUUUUAUAAAUGAUUUCAUCUUAUAUAAAAAUUAUACAACUCCAUGGAGUUGUUAUAAUAAUAUCUUUGUUAUUAAAUGCAAACUAGCUUUUUUUUCAGGUAAUUUAACAGGAAAGAUGCCUAAAUUUUUACCAUUUACUCUCUACUGUUUCGUAUACAAUAAAAGUAAUAGGAAUGUAUCGAUUAUUAUGUGAUCGACCAUAAUACCUCUGUUCUAUUUAUGUAUGUAUAAUAAUAUCAUGUUUGAAGUUUAUACUGUAUACAUAAAAAUUAUACUUCAAUAUGUGUAGGAAAGAUGAAAAAUGUUAAAAAGAUGCCUUAAUUUUUGAGACGUCAAAAAUUUGUCUCCUAAACAUUGUUUUUAUCUAAAAGGAACCUAUUAUAUUUUCAAUGUUUCGUCUAAAUUAAAGGUCGUUCUCGGAAGAAUAGCUGCAAUUAUUUUUACAAGUAUUUAUAAUAUUUUUAGUGAUAUAUAAUAUUAACAUAUAUUUUAUUUAUUUCUUUGCAUUUCUUUCUUAUUGAUGCACAAGCCGAGUCGUUAUUCUAUAACAUAUACAUACAAUGUAGAGUUGUUCGUAUCAGUUUGAUUUGUAGUUUCAAACGGAGCGUAUCUCGACUGGUGAAUAGCCGAUAGGAACGAACACGAAAUAACAAGGAACGUAACUUAAUACACAUUUUAAUUGAAAACAAUAUAUUUAUGCUCAAUUGAUUUAUUCAACAGAAAGUGACAAGUGAAAAGAAAAUUUUUUGAUAUCUACUAAUUUACCGAUAUAUUAUUUAAAUGAACAUCUUGUGCCAUAAAAGUACUUUUUUAUAAAGGUCAUGACAAAUAUGUUAGAAAUCAUGACACUUAUAAAUAUUGAAACUAUAAACAUCGAAACAAAACACAAAGUGAUUUAAGUUUAAAUUUGGAUUGAUCGGCACCAACGGUUGGUUAAGAUGGAAAUCUUGUUUAGAUUUCUAUCAAGAUUUAGC